AUGCAGGAUAAUCUGGAUGAAAUUGAAAAGCAAAAGCUGGCUUGGGCUGCCGAUGGCGAAGUGGCCAUUCUUGACUUGUGGGCAGAGCGUGUUGCUGAUCUCCGCAGCGCACGGAAGAAUGGCCACAUCUACGCGGAGAUGGUGAAGGAGCUGGCAAAGUUGGGCCAUAGCUACAGCGCCCGGGACGUACAAGUAAUGUUGGCAAACUUUACGCAGCGGUACCGGAAAGAGAAAUUGGGAAUGGGACCUUCUGGGGGAUCACCCUCAACAUGGCCUCUUUACGGAAGGGUUCACGAGAUUAUCGGUGGCUUUAAGGCUGACAUAUAUAGUGAGCUGACACUCGAAAGCAUCGGCGAAUUCGAUACUGCAUCGCAGCCAUCGCCACUGACCUCAACAUUGUCAUCACCUCUGCCAUCACCUCUUCCCUCACUGCUGACCACACCGCUGCCCUCACCGUCGCCACCGUUGCCAUCGCCAUCAUCGCCAAUGCCAAAUACCUCAGCUUCUGCGAUCGAACCUAAACGAAAACAAGAUGAAACUGGUGUUACCUGUAAUCCACUACAGCUAGUAGAACAUUGGAAUACCAUCCUUUGUAGUUGUGGUAAUCGCUUGCAUCGGAUGGAUUCGGCUUAA